AUGGAGAAGUAUGAGAAAAUCAAAGUGGUCGGAAGAGGAGCCUUUGGGAUUGUCCACCUGUGUCGGCGCCGCAGUGAUGGGGCCUUCGUCAUCCUGAAGGAGAUCCCAGUGGAGCAGAUGUCACGCGACGAGCGGCUGGCGGCGCAGAACGAGUGUCAGGUGCUGAAACUGCUCAACCACCCAAACAUCAUCGAAUACUAUGAGAACUUCCUGGAGGACAAGGCCCUCAUGAUCGCCAUGGAGUAUGCACCAGGUGGAACCUUGGCUGAUUACAUCCAGAAGCGCUGUAACUCCCUGCUGGAUGAAGACACCAUCCUUCACUUCUUUGUGCAGAUCUUGCUGGCCCUUUACCAUGUGCACAACAAACUCAUCUUACACAGGGACCUGAAGACACAGAAUAUUCUUCUCGACAAGCACCAGAUGAUAGUCAAAAUCGGCGACUUUGGAAUUUCCAAAAUCCUCGUGAGCAAGAGCAAAGCUUACACCGUGGUUGGAACCCCAUGUUACAUCUCCCCGGAGCUGUGUGAGGGAAAGCCGUACAACCAGAAGAGCGACAUCUGGGCUCUGGGCUGUGUGCUCUAUGAACUAGCCAGUCUUAAGAGAGCCUUUGAGGCUGCUAAUCUCCCUGCCCUUGUCCUGAAGAUCAUGAGCGGCACCUUUGCUCCGAUUUCAGACCGAUAUAGCCCCGAACUCCGGCAGCUCAUCCUCAACAUGCUCAACCUGGACCCGUCCAAACGGCCGCAGCUCAAUGAAAUAAUGGCUCUUCCCAUUUGCAUCAGGCCGCUGCUUAAUCUCUACACAGAUAUCGGCAAUGUCAAAAUGCGCAGAAUUGAAAAACCACUGUCCACGGUGCAGCCUGGGCCUCAUGGUAGACCAGGAGGGAGAGUGCCUAGCAACAGAUCCAGAGAUGGAGCCGUAGGUUUAGGAACAGGGAAGCUGCACUCGCUGCCCUUGUCCUCGGUCUACACGUGGGGCAGUGGCAUCUCCGUGCCUCUGCGGCUGCCCAUGCUCAACACCGAGGUGCUGCAGGUCUCCCUGGGCCGCACGCAGAAGAUGGGGGUCACCAAGUCAGGCCGUCUCAUUACCUGGGAGUCUCCAUCAGUAGGCUCCGGUGAGCCCAGUCUGCCUGGUGUGGUGGAGCAAAUGCAGCCGCAGUUCAUUUCACGCUUCCUCGAGGGUCAGUCUGGAGUCACAAUCAAGUCUGUGUCCUGCGGUGAUCUCUUUACCACCUGCAUGACAGACAGGGGCAUUAUCAUGACGUUUGGGAGUGGAAGCAAUGGCUGUCUGGGGCAUGGUAAUUUCAAUGACGUAACACAGCCCAAGAUAGUGGAGGCGCUGCUGGGAUACGAGCUGGUUCAGGUGUCAUGCGGCGCCUCCCAUGUGCUCGCUGUGACCAAUGAACGCGAAGUAUUUGCCUGGGGAAGAGGAGACAAUGGUCGCCUCGGGCUCGGCACCCAGGACUCACACAACUGUCCUCAGCAGGUGUGUGUGCCUGUAGAGUUUGAAGCCCAGAGGGUGCUGUGUGGAGUGGACUGCUCUAUGAUCAUCAGCACCCAGUAUAAAAUCCUGGCAUGUGGAAGCAACCGGUUUAACAAGCUUGGCCUGGAUAAGAUAGCUGCUGGAGAGGAGCCAAAUCCCUCGAAUCAGGUGGAAGAGGUCCAUUCUUUUGCUCCUGUCCAGUCGGCCCCACUGAAUAUGGAGAAGAUUGUUUAUGCGGACAUCGGGACAGCCCACUCGGUUGCCGUUACAGAAAGGGGUCAGUGUUUUACCUUUGGCAGUAACCAGCAUGGGCAGAUGGGCUGUAGCUCCCGCCGUAGCAGCCGUGUGCCAUACUUGGUGCCCGGGCUACAGGGAAUCACCAUGGCCGCCUGUGGAGACGCCUUCUCCUUAGCCAUUGGAUCUGAAGGGGAGGUGUACACCUGGGGAAAGGGAGCCCGCGGCCGCCUCGGAAGGAAAGAGGAGGAUUCUGGGAUACCGAAGGCGGUGCAGCUUGAGGAGAGUCACCCGUUCACGGUGACAUCAGUGGCUUGUUGUCAUGGCAACACUCUGCUGGCAGUGAAACCUUUGCUCGAAGAACCUGCCCCAAGAUGAUUUCGUGAUUUUUGUCUUGAAAAGUGCUCCUCACCCACCGAGCAGUUGUCCCGAAGCUCGGCGAUGGCGCAAGGUGAAGGACAGCUUCCUCUGAAUAACUUCUCCCAGAGGCCCCGUCUGCGCGGCAGCUGAAAGAUUCCCUUUCAUACUGCAGCUGCGGCCGCAGCGUUUCAUUUGCUCUCCCUCUUUAUGUUGUGCUUUCUAGAAAUGUAAGCCUGUUUGCUUUCAGUCACACAAUAAUGCCACGAUAUGAUGGAGAAAAUCUGAAAAAGGUCAGAUAUUUCACUGCUCAAGUAAAGUGUGUUUCUCAAGCAGGUUAGGUAGUGGAAUGCUGUAGUAGUAUGACUGCAGGAAGUCAUUCGGCAGCUUUUGUCCUCUCUCACAUGCAGGACUAGCAUGAGAUGACACUUAGUGGAGAGUCAAACUGGUUUGAUCUCUUGAGCUAGUGGUGAAUGAGGUGAUACAAUGCAGGGAAAAGAAAAGAAUGAAUGCCACUUCAGUCUUUAGUUACCCAUCAGCCCAAUGAGCCAAACAAACUAAUCUCCAUCACUUUGUCAGUGGUCACGCUGUUCUUUAUGGUUUUAGUCCACAACACAGAGCAGAUAACGAUUCAUUGUUUAGUGUCAGGAAACUGAACCGACCCUGAAGGCAGUCGAUGGUAUUACAGCUGAUGGUGCAACCUGAUUUUAUAUAUUUUUGGAGCAUUGUGUAACUCACUGAAAUUUUUGACAUCAUUAGUGAGGCUGUAUACAUUUGUACAAACUGUGUUCCCAGGGUGACCUUAGGCUGUUGCCAAACAGAGGCAGGCAAAAACAAGGUCCUAGAGACAUCUAGUCGUGAAAUACUUUUUUAUUGUCUUGCGCAAUGUGUUUUUUUUUUUUUUUUUUUUUUUUUUUUGUAUGUUUCAUUUGUCAUUAUCACUGCCUGUAACCCUUUUAUAACCAGUCUUCAAGCUUUUACAGUGAUGAAAUCAUUUCAAAAGCAGGGCGUCAACUGGUUGCUGGAGCUUUGAAAUGAGCAAACAACCAACAAACCAACAACACAACAACAAAAACCAUGAUGAUUGUGAAAAAUGGUGUGAUAAUGAAGUGAGCGUUUAAUGAGAAGAUGCAUUGUGUUGAUAUGUUCAGAGAGAAGGCUGACGUGGCUGAGCGCUGAUUGCAUUCAAACAGGAAUGGACGCUAUAAGGGCUUUAAACAGAGAAAACCAGUUUUAAAAGACGGCCUCUUCCUGUCUCUCUUUCCUGCUUCAUUCCUCUGAAUCAUAAUGAAUUUCAAAUGCUGUUGAACUGAUUGUUAUUCUGCAUUUAACUAAUUUAAAUACAUCGUUUUAUUAGCUGCUGGUAAUCAGACAUCAUUAUCAUGUCUGGUCACUGACUGGUGAGAUAUGGAGGGUGGAUUUCAAAAUGUAGUCGGUUACCAAUUACCUGCUUAGAAUGAAUAGAUAAUCUCUAGCACUGGAUUACUUGGUGGAAUAAUCUGAUUAUUUUUGCAUUUCACAGCCUGUAAAAAUCCCUAAAUUCCCACGUUAAGCAGAUCAUUUUAGUGUGAUGUGUAAUUUUACUGGAUUAAAUAUCAGAUAGUGUAAUUACUGUAAUUACCAUUACAUG